AUGACCGACGUUAAGCAGACCACACGUACCUUUACCCUCAAUACGGGUGACAAGAUCCCCGCCAUUGGCCUGGGUACCUGGCAGUCCCAGCCGAACCAGGUCAAGCUCGCCGUUGAGGCCGCCCUGAAGAACGGCUACCGCCACAUCGACACUGCCUUCGCCUACGGCAAUGAGAAGGAGGUCGGCGACGGCAUCAAGGCCUCCGGCGUCCCUCGCGAGGACAUCUGGCUCACCACCAAGCUCGACAACCCCUGGCACAAGCGCGUUCCCGAGGCUAUCACCAAGUCUCUCGAGAAUCUCCAGACCGACUACGUCGACCUCUACCUCAUGCACUGGCCCUCUAGCACCGACCCUGAUGACCUGAAGAAGCACUACCCCGACUGGGACUACCUCGACACCUGGCGCGAGCUUCAGAAGCUCGUUGGUACCGGCAAGGUCAAGAACAUUGGUGUCUCCAACUUUGGCAUCACCCACCUCGAGCGCCUUCUCAACGACCCACAGACCAAGAUCGUCCCCGCCGUGAACCAGAUCGAGCUUCACCCCUGCAACCCCUCGCCCAAGCUCCUCGACUACUGCAAGUCCAAGGGCAUCCACGCCACGGCCUACUCGUGCCUCGGCAGCACCGACUCCCCCCUUUACACCAAUCAGACCCUCCUUGACCUCGCAAAGGCCAAGGGCCGCACCCCCCAGCAGGUUCUCCUCCAGUGGGGCCUCGCCAGAGACGUCAGCGUCAUCCCCAAAUCCGUCUCUGAGGGCCGCAUCAAGGCCAACUUCGACCUCGACGGCUGGUCCCUGACCGAUGACGAGUUCAAGAAGGUCUCAGCCAUCCCCGACCGCUUCAAGGUCUGCGACGGCACCUUCCUUCCCCAUGGUGUCAAGGUCUUCUUGGGUGAUGAUGAGUAG